GGACCUUUUUAGUUAUUGGGUGUUUUUGUGGGAUGGCGAGUUAGGGACUUGGAUUAAUCAGCGAGCUAUGGGUGAAUGGGUUUUGGAUGGGUUGGAUUUAGCGCUGGUUAUUGUUUAGUAAGGGAUACCAUAAGGAGUUGUUGAAAUGGAAUGUCGUUGUGGGAUUGGGAUUUGCGUUUGAGGUUGGAAAGGGAUUGUGAUGAUGUGAUGUGGUGUUCAAAUGUGUGGUGCAGGGGACCACAGAGGGCACCUCCUGGCCAACGAACGCUUUUGCUCCUGAUUGACUUGUCUUGGUCGCGGCCUAUCUAUCGAUCAUCUAUCGAUCCCGUCUUCCUCAGCUGCCUUUGUCCGCCUGCCUCCUUCCUAGGCGUGGUUGAGAUAGAUGUGAAAUGGGAUAACCGUCUGAAUUUCAAUUGUGCAUUUGGUGAAAGUCGGAAGGCAACAUCGUCAUCUUCCAAUGACCUCUAGAGGUCAUGUCCAGAUUGUACUGAGCUCAGCGUCUAUAAGGCAGUUCUGUAACUUCUG